AUGCGAGCACGGCAAGAGGCGGCAAAUGCUGAGUGGGAUCGGCCAAUCGGCGGUCCACGGAGACAGCCGACGAAAGGUCUCGAGCUCUUCUCCGUGUUCGUUUUCGCCUUCCACCCGUCAUUUGUAACAGCCGGUGACCGAGCUUUCGCCGUUCACUGCCUCUUCCAACAGGAUCAAAUCACCGUAUCAGCUCGAUUUGACUUUAUAAGUGACAUCGUGCCGAAAGUAGUACAUGGUGCCACAUCGUCACAACCGAAAGUCGAGUUCAAAAUAGUGCAGGGAAGAGUCCCGACUGCGGCUAAAAUCGCUGGCCAAGUGCCAGUAGGACAACCUUUAAUGUUGAUGUGGACUCUUGAUGAAGCAUCCAAGCUUUAUGGACUGCGAAUGCUUGACUGUACUGCGGAGACAAACGACAGACGUGGAAUGAGCAUCAUCAAACAUGGCUGUACCCUCGACAGCACGCUUAUUUCGGACAUUCGGUAUUCAGAGGAUCAUCGGCGUGCAUUCGCUGAUGCGAUCGCUUUCAAAUUCCCCGAUUUGUCGGAUGUGUGGUUCAGAUGCGCUGCGCGAUUUUGCAUAAGAAGAUCGGAACAUCUGUUGCUGACUGGGAAAUCUGAAGAUCAUCUGUGUGGGAAUAACUUUAAAUGCAAUGCGAAUUCGCAUCGGCUGCGGCGAAGCACCGCUUCUGAAGUCGACCAACAUGACGAGAAUGUCAUCAUCGUGACGGGACGAUUGACCGUUGACGACGAUGUCGUCAACUAUAACUAUGCUGCUCAAGUGUCGUCGACUGAAUUCUCCACGAUCUGUUUGGCCAAGGACACGAUGGCGCUGGGAUCUGCCGUCUCAUUGACAGUUUGCGUCUCCACGCUGCUUACCGUAGCCUCUUUGAUAUUCUCAAAAAAGAAGCUCACUCCCAGUCACUCCUGA